CAGUAGGCCUCGCUAUGUGGGGAAUAAAUGGACAAUGAAUGCAUAUGGAGUGCGCCCCUUGGCACCUGGGUCAAGAUGACCACAGCCACCCCUGUGGGAGAAACCCCCUUCUCACUGAAUGUGACCAACAGGGAAGAAGACUUUCUAUACAAGAGCUCUGGAGCCAUCGUGGCCGCCAUCGUGGUACUUGUCAUCAUCAUCUUCACAGUGGUCCUGAUCCUCCUGAAGAUAUACAACAGGAAAAUGAGGACAAGGCGGGAGCUGGAGCCCAAGGGCCCCAAGCCAGCCCCACCUCCUGCCCUGGGCACAAGCAGCAACAGUAGCCAGCACCCGGCCACCGUGACCUUCAGCCCUGUUGAUGUCCAUGUGGACACUCGGUGACCCCCACCUUGGUGCUGACUUGGCCACUGUCCAGAGAGCCUUCUCCAGUCGAGACCAAGAAGCACUUUCUCUUCUGGCAGCUUCACUAUGAGUUUCUUCUGGUCAGAUUGACAGGGGCAUUUAGGCUUCAGGCAACCCCCAACCUUGUCCAGCUCCAACGCACCCCAGGCACAUCCUUGUCCCUGCUGCCACCUUCCCAAAGAGCCGUGGAACAUUCCUCUGUUAACUGAUGAGGCAGUGCUCUGUAGAGAAUCCACUCAGGUGGGUCUGGCUCUCGCUUCCCCCAAACACCAGAGCUAGACAGACAGACAGACAGACUCUCAGAUGCCAAGUCUUCUGCUCAGGAGUCAGGGCUCAGGGCAAACCCCUGAGAGUGUCAUAAGUGGUCAUAUCAGAGUAAGGGCCAUAUCCACAGCUUACAGAACAAAAGCUUCAAUUCCCAUAACCAGGCACAGGGGAACUAACUUGGACUAACUAGCCAGAAAUCCAACUUGUUAAUUAAACACUUGUUCCAGAACUAGAUGACCGCUGGCUGGCUCCUGACAAUCAGUGAGCGUGUUUUUCCCUCUUUACGAAUGGUUACAGAGAAAACUGGGUUUUUCUCAAAAGGUUUCAUUAAUACAGAGUCAAAGUAGAAGGGAGGCCAGGGUUUAGGGGGAGGACCCUGAGGAUCAUGGGUUGGAGGACAGACACUUUUGGCCCAGUGGCUGGUCCCUCCUGCCCCUCCAUCUGGGGCUGUAUUAACCUUGACUCAGUCUCAUUUCUUGGCUCCCCUUCAGUGUGGAUUCUAAGUAAUCCCAAUUUCAAGUUAAACCUUAUCUCCAAGGACCAGUAUUCGGAUAUCAGUUAGAUUACAACUCUAUAUUACCUGUACCCUUCCUGAUCACCUUGCAGAGCUCAGGACAAAUUUAAAAGUACCACCUUCACAAACCAUUCUCUGUAGUGAGCUAAUCCCUUUGCCUCCUUAACCUGGAGAACAAUCUACCGAGAGUGGGAAGCAUUUGGGAAUUAAGAAGACCUGCCGGGCAAGCCCUCCUUCCUAGCUGUGUGACCUUGGAAAUGAGACUCAACUUCUCCAUAUUUGGUUUCCUAACCCUAAGUGGGAAUGAUGACAUCUGCCUCACUGGGUCACCACAAGUUAAGGACUUAGUAAAGCAGAAAGCAGCACCUGUACCCGGCAGAUACUCGAUGAUCUGGAACAGCAACAGUAUCUAUUCAAUUGCAAGACAGAAAAUUUUGAAAUCAGAAUGUCUUAAAAUUGAUGGGUCCAUUAAUGUAGUUUAUUUUUCUUCUUUCUCUCAAAAAGUUAUAUUUUAAUCAAUUGUGCAUCUUAACAGUUGAAGGCAUCUUGGAAAAAAGGUAACAAAUCCUUACUCUGUUACAGAAAGUGACACACUCUACCAUUAACCUCAAAAAUCUAGGACUCUCUUCUUCUUGGGGACCGAUCCCUUUUGAGGGGAAGAUCAAGAGUCUGCUCAUGUCAUCUCAUUAUAAAAAUCCUUACUUGAUUAUAUCUGGAGAGCUAUUGGAAAAUUCUUCCUCCCUAUGCAUAUAACUUUUCUGCUUACUGAGUUUAACUCUCCACCAAGAACCAGACACUUUGAAAGGUGCUUUCAUAUAAGUUAUCUCAUUAGAUUUAUUUUUCCCAAUAACCCUGGGAAAUACUUUUUUUUUCUAUUUGCAGAUGAGAACUUCAAGCUCAAAAAGAAAAAGUACUUGCCCCAAACCAUAGAGCUAGUAAAGUGCAAAGACAAGACUCAGACCCAGACCUCUUUGCCCCCAAAGUCCAUCCUUUUGUUAUAUCACAUUCUUCUCUACCAUUUGGUUCAAAGAUUAUGGGUUGAACAAGAGAAGGAUAGGUUGUCCAUGUGUCCGAGUGGAGGUCAGGAAACUUCCAAACCAAAAGUGGGACACUUUGGUAGCUUCCUUUGGGGUCUCAAGAUUGUAGCCAAAGUCUCCUUUCUAGCCCACCCAUGCUGUAAGUCCUUCUGCUUUGUUCACUCAAUCACUUCAGCCCAAGGAGCAAGGGGUGGACUGGCAUUGAACCAAGGCAAAGGCAUCAAUUUAAGGAUUCCCACCACAGAUAGAUUUAUUUCCCAAAAAUUAUGCUUUAAAAAGUUUUUUUGUUUGGUUUGGAAUGUUCCAGGUCUGAAGCCAGUCUCUUCUACCCACAGUGGAAUCUUCCUGGAAUUACUAGAGGAAUAUUCCUCUGGUAUAUGUUCUUGUGAAAGCUUAGAUGUGGAGGAGAGAAGGGGAGGUAGAGAGGUGAGGGAGAAGCAAAAAAAUGGGUUUAAUUCUUUGUAAACUAAUUCUUUGUAACUCCGUAAGCAUCCUUGGGGGGUGCCUGUGUGCAAGUUGAGGUGCUACCAAACAAGCAACGUCACGGUGUCCACUCUCAGGUGGGCGCCUGUGACAGGGAUCUUGCCACAUGGUUGUAUAACUUGUAUAACAGAUGCCCUUCCUGACUGACCAGAGGCUGCUUUAUUUGGCCACUGAAUCAAUAAAAGAUAUU